UCAUAAUGUAAAUCUCUACAUUUUUCUGAUGGUCUUAGGUGACCCCUGUGAAAGGGUCAUUCCAUACUCCAAAGGGGUUAUGACCAUAGGCUGACAAAUUCUGGGCUAACUCAUUAUUUGUAAUAAAAUAGUCAUACAAAGUAGACUAUUUAGUCUACUUUUAAUAUUGUUUGUAAGAAAUUUACCCAGAACUGAGCAAGACAAUGUACAAAGUUCCUGAUAGCACUAUCCAUCUUUGAGAGGGCUACUGUUAUUUUUUUAAAUGGGGAAAACGUGGUAUUAACCACAAGGUUGCCUGGGACAGAACCCACUCAGCAGUAAUCCUUUCUGUCAACUGGCUUCAUCCUUUCUGUCUUUCCAUAAUGGGCAUAUUUGCAAUUUCUUCUCCAGAAAAAGAAAAAGAAAAAGGAAAAGGAAAGGAAAAAGAAAAAGAAAAAGACAAAGAAAAAGGAAAAGAAAAAGGAAAAGAAGAAGAAAAAGAAGAGAAGAAGAAAAUGGAGAAGAAAGAUACUUCUGAUACAAAAAAGAAAGAAAAAGAAGUCAAAAAGAAAAGUGAGGACAUUACCAUUGAUGGGAAAGGCAAAGAACCAGGCAAACCUCCUGAAACCAAACAAAUGACCGCCAAACUCACAACACAAGCUUCAGCUAGAAAGGAUGAGAAGAAAGAAGGUAUGUUUUAAUGUUUUAUGCAAAUUAUCAUUGUGCAUUUUCCUAGAACAAUUUACCAAUAUGCAAAACUGGAUUUGACUGCUCUCCU